UACGGGGCAAGAGUUGUUGCUUCCGUUGGAACUACAAUUGGAGAUACAAAUGGUUUCGUAACGCUACAAUCAACGUUAUAGACAGCCCCAAGGGUGUCCAUCUUGGCAUUAUGAACGAUCUGCCCAUAAAAGAAGGAGACACGGUUGUGCUGUGCUGUUCUUCAGGCAGAAAUUACUCCAGAGGCAACUGGUACAAUUGGGUCAAGUCAGAUCAGCACUCAGUUGAACAUAAGUACAGUGCUUCAGAGCUGUUAAUCUUCCCUGCGACCUCUGAACCGGUCACAUCUUAUGAAUGUGAAGUAUGCAACAAUGCUGGCUGUACUUUAUCCCAAAUGGUCACCUUGGAUGUACACUUUGCCCCCAAAGGUGUAAAAAUAAAAAUGACGCCAUCAGGCAAGAUCCAGGAAGGGAAGUCUGUUCAGCUGAAGUGUGAAGUGGGAAAGGCAAAACCUCAGAAUCUCACAUACGCAUGGUACAAAGAUGGGGAAUGGCUGGAGAUGGACUCUGCGACUGAAGAGUUGUCCAUUCCAGAAGUUACUUUAGCACACUCUGGCAGAUACUGGUGUGAAGCUGGCAAUAGUGUGGGCACAUCAUGUUCCUCACCAGUCACGCUCAGUGUUAUUGGUUUCUUGUCUGAUGAAAGUGGACUGAGGAAAUAUGCUAACUCUUUGGUGGCCUGGAAAGGAUCCUGUGUGCUGAUUCCAUGCGAGAUCAGUGGAACAUUUAACUUUGCCACAGUCAAUGCCACAGCUGUGGCUUGGUACUUUGAGCCUUUUUGGGACAACAAAAUGCAGGAUUAUAAUGGUACCCUGUUGUACCACAGCUCCACAUUCACGGAAGGCAAUGCAAGAAGUGCUGCCUUUCAGGGUCGGGUGACAUUUUCAGGGGACUUAGGUAAUAGAGAUUGCAGCUUGAUGAUCACUCAGCUCCAGAAAAGUGACAGCGGCAGGUAUGGCGCAAGAGUUGUUGCUUCUGUUGGAAACUAUCCUUGGAGACUCAAGUGGUUCCUUGAUGCCACAAUUAAUGUUACAGAGUCACCUCCAGAACCCAGGUUGGAAAUAGUCCCUGUGAUAGUCCACCAAGGGAGGACUGCAGAAGUGAUCUGCUCGGUGCCUUACCAUUGCACUGAUGUGCUCGUUCUCUUGACUCUCAGUGGCUUAGAGAAGCAUCACUUGUCUCCACAAAUAACCAUGCUUGAAAAUCGAAUCACGAAGACGGUGACGUUUGAACCCACAUGGGAGGACAACGGGAAAAUGGUGGGCUGCUCGCUGAGCAAUCUGGAUGGGUCAGAGAUAUCCCACAGUACCAUGAAACUGAAUGUGAGAUAUUGUCCUGAGGAUGUCCAGCUUACCAUUAUGAAUGAUUUGCCAAUAAAGGAAGGAGAUGCCGUCAUGCUGAACUGCUCUGUGGGCAGAAGUAACCCUGGAAACAACUGGUACAACUGGGUUAAAUCAGAUUCACACACAGUUGAACAUAAGUAUAGUGGCUCAAAUGUAUUGGCUUUCCCUGCGACACCUGGAUCUGAAACGUCUUACACAUGUGAAGUGUGCAACUCUGUUGGCUGUACCUCAUCCCAAACAGUCACUGUGGAUGUUCAUUUUGCUCCCAAGGAGGUAUACAUUUUGGGAAUGACAGAAAAGGUGGUUCAUCAGUUUAGCCGUUUUCAGGUGACGUGCGAAGUGAGAGCGGCUAACCCUCGAGAACUCAAAUACGCGUGGUACAAAGAUGAGCAACAGCUGCUGCAGGACUCUGCAGAUAAUGUGUUGACCAUCCAUGCAGUGAAACCAGGGGAUUCCGGGACCUACCAUUGUGAAGCAAGCAACAGCGCAGGCCCAUCACGCUCCCCAGCCAUUCUUAUAGAUGUCCGUUAGCCUGAUUUGUAGGAAUUUCAAAGAACUGAAACAGGAUGUCAUCAAUACUGUGAACACCUUCUGAGAAUGAAAGAGCAGAGCAAAGCCCCAAAGGAUAUGUCUGGUUGAGAGAACCCAGAGGAAGCCACAAAUGAGGAGAGGCAAUCAAGAUCCCAACUCCUUUCUCACAAGUGAUUAUUCUUCUGCCAUGCUUUCUGCUCUUUUCUUAAAUGUUGUCUUGUGUUCACAUCCCUUUUGUAAGAGGAUGAAUUCUUGAUAAACAUCUCCAUAAGAUGAACCUUGGUUUAAAUCCUCAUUUAGAAUCAAACAAUGUUUGGAGGGUACAACAUUGGCUACGUUGGACCCAAACCUUAGGCCAGUCUGGAAAGUCUCAGGUUCCUGCCUCCUCACCUCACCAUUUUUGCCUUUUCCUUUUGUGCACUGUCUCUGCAUACUGACUGGGAAGGGCCAUUGCUCAGUGGCAGAGCAUGUGCUUUUAAUGGAAAAGGUCAGAAUCCUGCCCUUUUCCAUGUUCCUAACUGCCAGGAAGAGAGUAAUCCCUAGCAUACAUUGAGGAUGGGCAGAGGGAGGGAAGAGAUACUUUCAUUUGCUUUUUCAUACAAACUCACCUAAGCUAAUCUUCCCAAACCAAAACCCAACUCUACUUUGAAAUCUACUUCACCGAAUUUUGCAUUGCACUAGGGAAUAUCACUGGCAAAAAUGUGUUUAUUAGGCAUAAAUGCAUACAAAAAAUCCACACAUUAGGAGAUCUGUGCAUGAACAUGUCUUUGAAUCUU